AUGCUACGCGCCCCAGGCCUCUCGCGCCUAUUCUCCAUCUCUACGAGAAUGGCUUCCGCCACACCCAUGGAGGAUGUCAUGCGCGACAAGCUCGCGCACGCCUUCACGCCCUCAACAUUAAUCAUCCGCAACGACUCGCACCUGCACGCGCACCAUGCCCCAAUGCAGGGCUCUACGUCUAAGGAGACGCACUUCCACGUCACCGUCACCUCCGAGGCCUUCCGCUCAAAGCCGCAGCCUGCGCGGCAUCGUAUGGUCUACGCGCUGUUCAAGGAGGAGAUGAGCCGCGAGAAUGGACUUCACGCGCUGCAGCUUAAGACAAGGACGCCGGAGGAGGAGCAAAGGGAUCAGGAGAAGAAAUCAUAG